CCGUUUGGGGAGUCUGGGGGGCGGGUAAGAGGGAGGAGGGAGAAAGCCUGGCUAGGUCUUUGGGAUUAUUUUUUUUCCCCUUCUUUCCCUCUCUCUCUUUCUGGAGGGUGUGUGUUGCCCCCUCGAAGUGAAGGAAUUUUGCUCCAAAGCGAGCUGGGACCGAAGACUCUAGGCUAAGUUCUCUCUCUAUGUAGAUGGUGUCAGGGAGCGAAGCUACUGACCGAGCUGCUGUUACAUCUGCUCCUUACUGCCUAAGCCCUCUGGAACUCUCUCUGUUUCUUGGCUUUGCUGGUGAGCACGCCUGGAAAAUUAGCUGAAUUGUACAUCAGACAUCCACCCACUUGGUGGGUAAAGUGUCAGGUGCCAAGACUCACUUCUGCCCUUCCUGAACGUCGUCGAGUUCUGCUUCACCAGGAAUUAUGGAUGUAAAGGACCGACGCCAUCGCUCUUUAACCAGGGGUCGGUGUGGCAAAGAGUGUCGCUACACCAGCUCCUCUCUGGACAGUGAAGACUGCCGUGUGCCCACACAGAAGUCCUAUAGCUCCAGUGAGACCCUGAAGGCUUAUGACCAUGACAGCAGAAUGCACUAUGGAAACCGAGUGACAGACCUGGUGCACCGGGAAUCCGAUGAGUUUUCCAGACAAGGGACUAACUUCACCCUGGCGGAGUUGGGGAUUUGCGAGCCCUCCCCUCACCGAACUGGUUACUGUUCCGACAUGGGGAUCCUCCACCAGGGCUACUCCCUGAGCACUGGGUCUGAUGCCGACUCGGACACCGAGGGAGGAAUGUCUCCAGAACACGCCAUCAGACUGUGGGGACGAGGGAUCAAGUCCAGACGCAGCUCCGGUCUGUCCAGCCGCGAGAACUCAGCCCUUACUCUGACUGACUCGGACAAUGAAAACAAGUCGGAUGACGACAACGGUAGGCCGGUUCUGAACUACGUUGGCAUGCUCUGUACAUCCUGGUGUGGGGACUUGGGGUUCCUUCUUGUUUGCGUUUGUUUGUAAGAGAUUUAAUCAACCUUGUCUCUCCAGGCCGAGCCGGGAACAAAAUAAACGAGAUACCUUCCAGCCCACAAAGGAGAUGAGAUCUUUUUUUAAAAGCACAUUUUAAUGGUAACCCAGUAUUCAAGUGUAGUCAUCUGGUUCUUAUUAGCAAGUAAAUAACCGGGCAAACGAGGAGGCCUGAUACACUUUAAAAAUGUCUGCUUCCCCAAAUUUCUAGGUCUCGGUAUUGAUUCCAUUUCCCAGUAAUAGCAAUCUAGGUUUGCUUUUGACAUUUUUGUGUUUUUGCUUUUUAUCCCCCAAGAUGGUCAGUGAAGAACCCUAUCUUGUCUUCCCCUUUCAUUUCCAGACAGUGCCUCAUAUCCUUA